UGUUAAAAUGGUGGAGUAUUGGAAGAGGGUGCCAUGAUCAGUGUUGAGGAGGAGCAAGACUGGUGUUGGUGAUGCAAACAUUAGUAGUGUUGAGUGUUGUUAUGAUGGCUGGUGUUGUGUGUGUGGGUGUAGGGGCAGUGUGGCUCUCUCCCCGUGUGUGAUGUGUCACUCAGCAGGCUGAGAGUACCAUGAGUGAGGCGCACCUCAGGAGGGUACUGGUGGAAGACAUUCCCUCGUUGGUGGGUCACACAGCUGACCUGGCCCCGGUCCACACUGCCAGGUCCAGGACCACCCACGCCCACGCCAUGGACCCUCUACACACUGCCAGGGCUAGGAGCUCUCACGCCCACGGUGUGGAGCAGCGCCCGGGGGCGGAGGGCGCCCAUGGGUCGGAUAAGAGGGGUGAGGUGGGCGGCCAUGGGUCAAGUUUAGCCUCAGAGCUCAGAGAUAAACUCACCUUCAAGAUGGGUGUUAUCAAUGGUAUGAAGAUUGGCACUACUGAUGCUGAGGUCCAUGUGCCGGCACUGGCCCGGGCACACGACCCGGCCCUAGCCCGGGCACACGACCCGGCCAUGGCCCGGUCUCACGACCCAGCGUUGGCCCGAUCUCAUGACCCGGCAGUGGCCCGGUCUCAUGACCCGGCGGUGGCCCGGUCUCAUGACCCGGCAGUGGCCCGGUCUCAUGACCCGGCAGUGGCCUGGUCUCACGACCCGGCGGUGGCCCGGUCUCACGACCCAGCACUGGCCCGGGCACAUGAGCCAAUCCUAGCCAGGGCACAUGAGCCGGCACUGGCCCGGGCGUAUGAACCAGCACUGGCCCGGGCACACGAACCAGCACUGGCCCGGGCACAUGAACCAGCCCUGGCCCAGUCACACGAGCAGUGUUCACAGUCUAGUCAGGAGUCCGUCGCCAAGGCGGACUUCAAUGGAGCAGUGUGCAAUGGACAUUCAGUGUCCGAGGCCACCAGUAGCAAUAGUAUCUCUAUUUCGGACACGUUCUCCAUAAAUUCGGAAAAGUCGUCAGAUUCCUCUCAUUCGUUUUCGGGUGCUCGUCCAAGGACAAGAAAUGCGUCUAACAGUUCACAGGGAACGCAGCCUAAGAGUGACAAUGACCUUAGCUCGACUAGUGAAAGUUUAAUAACUCCGGAAAUUUGCAUAAGUCCCGUUCUGUCAACCGUAGACAAUGAUCUGAAGGUAGACUAUGUGAAUUAUGAAAAUGAAUUACAAAUGUCGGCCAUAAUGAGGCUAAUUCAGAAAGACUUAUCAGAACCAUAUUCAAUUUAUACAUAUAGGUAUUUUAUACAUAACUGGCCCAAAUUGUGCUUCCUGGCAAUGUCCAGUGGAGAAGUAGUUGGAGCCAUUGUUUGCAAGUUAGACGUGCACAAGAAAGUGACUGUGAGAGGAUAUAUCGCCAUGCUUGCCGUCGAUCACAGGUUUCGAAAAAGAAAAAUAGGGUCAAACUUGGUACAGAGAGCAAUACGGGCCAUGGCAUCUGAUGAUGCAGACGAAGUUGUGCUGGAGACGGAGAUUACUAAUAAGCCAGCACUUAGGUUAUAUGAAAACUUAGGAUUUGUCAGAGACAAACGACUCUUCCGACACGACAUCUCCACUGCCUCCAGCCUCCUCCUCACUGCAGCAUUCACAACCCAUGCUUCACACCCAUAUAAGAGCGUACUAUCUCAAUGGAGUGGAUGCAUUGCGAUUGAAACUUUGGCUAAGAUAAAACAGAGAAAUGCCUGAGGAUUCAUCAAAGUGUAGAAGCACUCCUUGAUUGUGUGAUACAAGACCCAGUGAAAGUCUGCUGAUGGUAGUUCCUGACCAAGGUGGGCUUGCUAAUGACUGUAAGAUAUGCAAUCCUGCACAUAAUCUUAGUAUGCCAUGAGGAACUUCAUUGAUGCAGAUGGAGAUGUGUGGUAGCAACAAGAGUUAAAUCAAAGUAAUGAUUUCUCUUUAUUUUGCUGGGAGCAGAUUGCUCUAGCUGUGAUUAUUGUUAUUUUGGAGAAAUUCAUUGCCAGCAUUUUCUUUUUAUAAAUGUAAUGUUUUUUGAGUGAACCUAUUUAAUAUUCUUACAAGAUGAGAUUUCUGUUUUUCCCAGUUUUGUAUUCUUGUAAUGUAUAUGUGUAUUUUACCUCCUGUUGGCUGGAUAUACAAUACAAAGGAAGUGUGCAGAAGAAUGUUCAACAUUAGCUUCCCUAAAUGCAUUGUAUGAGGUUAUUGUACUGCUGUGAUAGUAACCUUCAUGAUGUUUAAAGUAAAGACAUGACAGCUAUUGUUUCCUCAGAUUUGUCAGUGUUUGGGGUGGCUACCAAAUUUCUUGUGUUUGGUUACACAUCAGAGGGCUUGGCAUGAAUGGGUAGAAUUUUGUUUUAAUUACAGCCAUUUCCAUCUGUCAUUUUUUUUUCCUACCUUUCAUGCAACUGACUAUAUACUAAUCUCUAGAAAUUUGAAGUUAUUCCUAUGUUCUUGGAUGUAUAAUUUUAAUGAAUGUUAUAAAUAAUAAAAAUUUGUAGUUAUCAUUUAAAAGUUUUCUUACAUGUAAAAUUCAUUUUGUCAGCCUGCACUGAAAAUAAUAAACUGAUACUGUGACUACACCAAACACUGCAGCUAGUAACCAUCUCUGAGCUUUCAGAUACUGAAGGUGCCUAGAGCACUUGUUAAGGAAUUCUGUUUGCUACUUUUGCUAUCCAAAGUGUAAUGCAGUUCGACUUGCUCUGAAUAAAUAGCUUAUGUUUACCUCAUUGUGUAUAUACAAAGACAGUAGGAGGAAGUAUGAAAUCAUUAGAUAAAGUUGAAGUAAAGGGACAUAACAGAUGAAUGAAAUUAAAACAAAAAAAGAUCAAUCAUUUUGAAGGAUAGUGAGAAGUUUUAACAGUGGAAAUGGGGUAGAAAGGAAAGAACCGUCUUGGAAGAAACAGCAUUUUCUGUACUUGCCCUCGGUAGUGCUUCCACGGGUGACUGAAGACAUCUGCUCUACUACCUGGUAAUUUAUAUUAAAUUGUAGAUUACUUGAAACUGAAUUUUAAUAUGUAAAAAAUAUAAUGGAUUUGUACCACAUUAUAUUUUUACAUCUGUCCAGCAGCAAAGACUAGUGAAUAUAAAAAGAUGAAGAAUUUGGAUAAUUGUUCAUUGUUUUCACAUCCCUUAUAAAUUAUUUGUCUUUAAGAGGAAAUUAUCUUUGAAUAUACAAUGCCAUAAAGUGGUGUGUUAUGUUUUAAUAACAUAAUCUUUCAGAUCCUACCUCCUGUCCUACAACCUCUUGUGUGCCUCAGCUAGGCAAGCCCCAGAAAAGACAAAAAAAAAAAAAAAAAUUGUGUUUUCAUGGAUAUUUUCAAGUAAAAUUUUUAAUUGACUGUAAAUUAUUACUGUAUAUCACAGUCGAAGAAAAGAAUGAAAUUGCUGUAGAAUUGCAUAAUAAAAGUAGUGAAAUGUUACUAUAUUAUGAGUUCUCGUAUGAUGCAAAAUUUGUGCCAUGAACGCAUUGUAUUGCAUUGUUUUACAGUAAAUUGUAAAGCUCUGCCAAGCUAUAAGUGUAUAUAUGCAGUAACGAGAUUUUGUGUGGGUACAUUAGGCAUUUACUUCAUUAUGAUGUAGAGCGCCGAUUAUCUCAACGAAUUUAGGCUUUUGGCAUUAGAAGAAAAAUUUUAAACUGAAAUUGCUACAGCUUUCAGAUUGGUUGGUUUUAAGAAUUCUUCUGAAUAAUAAUUGUUGUUGUUAUUAUUUAUUAUAGUAAUCAAUAUUAAUGUUAUUAAUUACAAUAUUUUUUUAUUGUUGCUCUUAUUAUACUGUGCCAGAAAAUCUGUGGUAGUUCAAAAUAUGGCUUAUUUCAGGUUUAGUGAAUAAUAAUACUAUUUGAUUCAACGUUAGUUGAUUGACGCUCUACUGUGUACAUUAACUUAGUCUUACACAGGAAGCUUUCCCAAAAUUGACAAUGAUUUAGGGAUGAGGGCUGCAGACUCUGUGGCUCAUCUAUUGUGUUUAAACAUUAUGCUCAGACAUGAUUCUUGAUAUUGUGUAUUUUAUUAUAGAGUAAUAUGUUAAUAUAUAACAUAUUCAUUAAAAAUAUAUUUUAAAA